GAUAUAAACGACGUCUAAGGAUGAACAUCUUAUUCUAAAGCUCCUGUAUAUUGUUGAAGAUGUUGUGUUAUGUCGAGUAAAUGAUCCCGUCGCGAUUUUCCCACGUUCGCCUGUAAUAGAAAAUCGACGUCAGUCAAGCAAAAAUUUCCGGCAUCCGGAGUCACGGUCGAGCACGGUAUCGAAAUUCCUGGAAUGACUACUGGUUCGGACUUGGGGAUAAGAUCUGUUGGAUAAAUCAAUUUAUGAUGCUUGUCCAGUGAAUUGCUAACUGUGAUGUUGAUAAUAAAUGAUGACAAAGUUCUAAGAAGAGAAUAAAACGCAAUUUAUAAUGACGAAAAUCUCUUUCACAUUGAGGGAAUAAACCCAUCCAUUUGUGAUGUCUAAUCAGUGAAGUGCUGUUAGUGAUGUUGAAAAUAAAGGACAACGAAGUUCUAGGAGAAGAAUGAAUCGAUAUGAAUCUAAGUUCAUGAUGACAAAACGCUUUUUCACAUCAAGGAAAACACCCAUUGGUAUCCACUACGUCAAAAUGUCUGUACAAAGCGACUCCGGCAGGCAGAAUCAGCAACAGAAUAAGAGACCCAUUGUCAUCAUUUAUCCCACGGUGGCACCGGAAACCGUGGUGAUACCUAUAAUCUCCUGUAUCCUAGGUUUCCCCCUUUUGGCGCUAUUGGUGAUCUGCUGUCUCCGUCGAAGAGCUAAGUUGGCUAGGGAACAAGCAAGGAGGAGGAAUUACGACUCUGAGCACGGUACAUUAACUAUUAGAUUCAGCCAAAUACAUUAUUUAGGUCGCGGCAGGGCAGUUUCCCUGCGAUCGGAGAGAGCCAUGAGCAGGGGAUUCCCCUCUUUGGAGCUAGACACUGUGCUAGAAGAAAGGUCGGAUCCAGAACCGGAAGGCACCACCGUCAUCGAAAUGAUGACGCCGGAUGGUAACGAGUCUUCGGAAGGCAACAGAUAGCAAAGGAGGAAGGAGAGGGUUAGUGUGGCAGAUAGGUCUCCCUUAUGGACCACUCUGACCCAAGCCCAUACAUUCACAGUCCUGCCCCAAAGUUGACAAGACAACUGGGACAUUUGGAAUUUCCACAACUUGAUCUGGAUGUUGCCGGAGUUAGUCUGCUAAUAUGUAAUGGUGAUUCUAGACUGGAACAUUCGUUCAAAGUCAAAUAAUUACAUGGGAUUCAUUAUUUUCGGAAUCACGAAACUGUUGGUAACUUCCAAUUCAAGGAGCUACGUGCCUGAAGCAAUUCUACGAUCUUAGAUGAUAACAGUAAAUGAUUGAAAUCAUCUGUGACCCUACUGUAGAUUAAUGAAUAAAACUAUUCCAAGUA